AUGAUAAACUCUUCAUAUGUUUCAUAUUUCACACUUGCUGCUUACUUUGACACUGAGAUGUUUAAAUACGUAUAUUUCUUGCUCAUUUUGUCUUUAUAUAUGUUAAUAGCUUGUGCCAAUCUUUUACUGAUUGUGGUUAUCUGUAUGAACAGGAGCUUACAUGAACCUAUGUACCUUUUUCUGUGCAGCCUGUUUGUAAAUGAACUGUAUGGUAGUACAGGGUUGUUUCCAUUCCUUCUGGUUCAGAUCCUCUCUGACAUUCACACUGUUUCUGCUCCCUUCUGUUUCCUGCAGAUUUUCUGUUUGUAUACUUAUGGCAGCGUAGAAUUUACUAACUUAGCCAUCAUGUCUUACGACAGAUAUCUUGCUAUCUGUUAUCCUCUGCAAUAUCACAUUCAUAUGACAUCUAAUAAGGUUGUUGUGCUUAUUGCUGUAACAUGGUCUCUUCCUUUUUUUGCUGUUUUUGUCACAACAUUAUUGAGUGCCUCCUUACAGCUGUGUGGGAACAUCAUUAAUAAAGUUUACUGUGACAACUAUUCCAUCAUAAAAUUGGCUUGCUAUGAAACAAGAGUUAAUAAUGUGUAUGAACUCAUUGCUGUUUCUGUAACAGUCUGUGUUCCUAUAACUGUAAUCUUUUACACCUACUUUAAGAUCCUUAAAGUGUGUUUUUCUGGUUCUAAACAGACCAGACAGAAAGCUGUCAGUACCUGCACACCUCACCUCGCUUCUCUGCUCAACUUUUUCUUAGGUUCUUUCUUUGAAAUAUUACAGAGCAGGUUUGAUAUGAACAGUGUACCCAAUGUGUUACGAAUAUUGUUGUCAUUGUAUUUUCUGACGUGCCAACCGAUAUUUAACCCUGUAAUUUAUGGUCUCAACAUGUCCAAAAUACGCAUCAUGUGUCAAAGUCUGCUUUCAAGUUCUGUGUUGGGAGGUUGCUGCAAACAUCACCUGAAGGAUUGCCCAAAGUUGAAGACACAGCCACAAGUGGCAACAGUAGAGUUUCUUAAAACCAAAGGCUUCUGUUUAGGAUGUCUUUUGAGAGGCCACAUGAGUAAAAACUGCAAGAGGAGGAUGACCUGUGAGAAAUGCCAAGGUAAGCACCCCACCAUCUUGCAUUUAGACAAAGUGAAGCUGACUGAGCCAGUAAAACAGAAGUAUACCUCCAUCAACAGCGGUCCUGUCACCCUCAAAGCUGGUGGAGUAACCGGCCGGCAAAGACUGUGCUCUGUCAAUUGUGCCAGUGUAAGUAAAAGCCAAAAAAGGAAGCAAGGCUGUGCUGACCUACGCCAUUCUGGAUCCAGGAAGUUCAGGGACAUUCUGUAUGGAGAGACUGAGAAGACAGUUGAACGCUAG